UUGUCGCUUUAUCGAUAGAAUAUUGCCACUUUAGCUGGAAAGAAAAGAAGAAGAACGACCAUUUUUUCGCGUGAUAAUUAAAAGUUUAUUUAAAAUUAGCUAAAGUCAUGGCGUUUAAUUACGAAGAAAUGAGUUGGUCUGAUGUGCGAGAUCAGUUUCGGAAAUGGCGAGAGGAAAAUGAGCGCCAUAGUGAGGAUGUUAUACAGCUGUGGGUAGCACUUUUGGAAGAUAGAUUGCACAAGACGGGCAACGAGCGACAUUUGAUAUUGGAGCAAGUUAUAAUAGCGGCGCUGGACACGGCACGAUUCGACAUCGCUACCAAGUGCACAAAGCAACUUAGUGCGGAGUUUCCCGGCAGCUUGCGUGUGCUAAAGUUCAAAGCUAUGCGCUUGGAAGCAAUGGAGCAAUACGAUGAGGCCGAAAAAAUUUUGGAUGCUAUUAUUGCCAAAGAUGAAACAAAUGCUGCGCCACGCAAGAGGAAAAUAGCAAUAUUAAAGGCGCGCGGGCGCCGUGUAGAUGCAAUCAAAGAACUGAAUGAGUAUUUAAAAAAAUUUAUGUCUGAUCAGGAAGCCUGGCAUGAGCUGUGCAACUUGUACUUGUCCGAAGGAGAAUACGGAAAGGCUGCCUUUUGCAUGGAGGAAGUUCUGCUUCACAGUCCACAUAGUCAUUUGAUACAUCAGCGGCUUGCCGACAUACGUUACACCAUGGGUGGCUUAGAGCACAUUGAAACAGCUCGCACAUACUAUUCCCAAGCCAUCAAACUCAAUCCGCACAAUUUGCGUGCUCUCUACGGUCUUUACUUGUGUUGCAGUUUUGUGGCAAACUCCAGAGCUGCAGUCUCUAAGCGCAAAGAGGCGCAAAAGCUUGCCCAGUGGGCUCUUGAGCAGGUUGCAGCACUCACUGCCAGCAACUCGCCAAUCAAGAACAACGAUAAGCUGAUUGCCUCACUCGAUGCUGCCUUUGGAAAUCUGGAGAUCAAGGCGAAUUGACACGUAGAUGCGCGUUGAGUACCCAACCUCAGGUGCAAAACUGGGAGAAUGUAAACAAUUCCAAAUAUGCCCAUAAUAUUAUUUAAUUUUCUUCAAUUUACAACCAAUUUUUGGUUAUGCAUAGGUGUUAAUACUUUUCAAAAGUUGCGAAUCCAACUGAUUCAGGGUGGUUAAGACAUGCAAAUAUUUGCAUACAUAUAAACAUAGUCAAAAGAUUGGUUUUGGUGUUGGCCAAAAACUUCUUUCACUCUGACGCAUUGAGACGGGUUUUCAAUAAAAUAGAAAAUAAAA